GUGGCUGCGUGUUGUACACAUCCCCUCGACCUCGCGAAAGUUCGGCUACAGACUAUCGCACCGACGCCAGGAUCUCCUCAUCCCUCGACGCUGUCCGUGCUGCGAAUGACGAUCAAGGAGUCUGGCUUUUCGAGUCUGUACACCGGAUUAUCGGCUUCGGUGAUGCGACAAAUGACGUACUCCCUUGUUCGACUGGGAGCGUACGAGCAGAUGAAAGCACAAUUGUCGAAGGAUGGACCGGCACCGGCUACCCAUCUCUUCUUCGCGGCAAUGCUUGCCGGGGCGAUUGGUGGUUUUGCUGGCAACCCUGCGGAUAUCCUGCUUGUGCGAAUGACGAGCGACUUCGUGAGGCCUCCCGAGAAACGAUAUAAUUAUCGCAAUGCUGUCCAUGGACUCGUCACACUCGUCAAGUCAGAAGGCCCUCACUCACUCUUUCGUGGCAUGGGCACCAACCUAACGCGCGCGAUCCUUAUGAACGUGAGUCAGGUCUACAGAUAUGACCUUUUCAAGCAAAUUUUGUUGCGGAGCAGAAUCCCCCUGAUAGACUAUCAAAUGACGGAUGGCUUACUACUUCACACGGUUUCAAGCAUCACAGCGGGCGCCGUUGCGACUACCAUCACAGCCCCAGCGGACGUCCUUAGAUCUCGACUCAUGGCGGCCGCCGGCACAUCGCAUCCCCUCCAGGUGCUCACCGCGGCACUCCGAGAAGAGGGCCCACGCUUUCUCUUCAAGGGCUGGACGCCUGCAUUCAUCCGCCUAGGGCCUAACACAGUGCUCAUGUUUGUCUUCUUCGAGCAAUUGAAGAAGGGUUGGCGCGCUUUGUAUCCUUCGGAUUAUCUUCUAUAG